GUUUAUUUGUCGGAAGGCGUAUUCGUGUUUAUUUUUCUCAUAGGUUUUUUAAUUGAACGCUUUAUUAAUAUAUUUCUUAGUCAUUAUCAUCAAAUUAUGAUCGAUAAUGGAUGCCGUAUUUGAUAUUUGUUAUUUAUCAUCAGACGGGAAUAACGUCGAGCCUGAUGAUAUUCCUCAGACAAAGGAGAGUGUGUGGAUCUUGGGGAAAAAAUACAGCGCUAUCCAGGAUUUGGAUCGUAUCCGACGGGACAUCACUUCUAUAAUUUGGUGUACCUAUCGAAAAGGUUUUAUUCCUAUCGGCGACGAAGGUCUUACAUCAGACAAAGGAUGGGGUUGUAUGCUUCGUUGUGGCCAAAUGGUUCUUGGAGUGGCUCUCGUAAGAGUACACUUAUCAGCUGACUGGGUUUGGACACCAGAGACUAGAGAUCCUACCUACUUGAAAAUUAUUCAAAGGUUUGAAGAGAGGAAGCAAGCUCCCUACUCCAUCCACCAGGUGGCUCUGAUGGGAGCUUCAGAGGGCAAGGAGGUCGGCCAAUGGUUUGGGCCCAAUACUGUUGCACAAGUUUUGAAGAAGCUGACAGUUUAUGACAAGUGGAGUUCCCUUGUGAUUCAUGUGGCUUUAGAUAAUACUGUUGUUAAAGAGGAUAUACUACAGCAAUGCGUUGUGAAUAACGACAGAGGAGAUUGCUCAGCGUCCCCCGACAGUGUGGUCACCGACUGGAUGCCUCUACUGUUGAUAGUGCCGCUCAGACUCGGACUUAGCGAAAUUAACCCUAUUUAUAUAGAUGGAUUGAAGAUAUGUUUUCAAUGUCCUCAAUCGAUCGGAGUGAUUGGUGGCAAGCCCAACCAAGCUCUGUACCUCGUUGGUUGUGUGGAAGACGAGGUUAUCUAUUUGGAUCCCCACACCACACAGAGAUCUGGACUAGUUGAGACUAAAACGACUGAUGAACAAAAAGAAAUGGACUGCUCAUAUCAUUGUAAAUAUGCUUCUCGAAUACCAAUGUUGGCGAUGGACCCGUCUGUUGCUGUGUGCUUCCUGUGCAGAACGAAAAAUGAUUUUGAAGAAUUAUGCGCCACCAUUGAAACGAAGCUGAUGUGUGAAACUCAACCAUUAUUCGAAAUAUGCGACAAGAGACCGGCGCACUGGGGCCCCAUGACUUCCGACAUAGAUCUCCAGAAUACUACAUUAUUUACAGAAUUCGAAGACGUAGACAGGCAGUUUGACGACUCCGACGACGAAUUCGAGAUACUGUGAAAGUUUCGUAGAACUGAAUAAAAAUACAAUGUAUCACAC